GGAAGUCGGCGAGUUCCCGGGUGUGUGUCUGUGUCUGUCUGUGUCUCGAAGCGGCACGCGGCCCGGGACAAACGCUGGGGAAUCCCACCUGAGGCGUCGCCGCUGUCACUACCAUCACCCACGGAGCCACUACUAGAGGGGAGUAGACCCGGCCCUUCGCCGGGCAGAGAAGAUGUUACCCCUGUCCAUCAAGGACGAUGAAUACAAACCACCCAAGUUCAAUCUGUUCGGCAAGAUUUCGGGCUGGUUUAGGUCUAUCCUGUCGGACAAGACGUCCCGGAACCUGUUUUUCUUCCUGUGCCUGAACCUUUCUUUCGCUUUUGUUGAACUACUCUACGGCAUCUGGAGCAACUGCUUAGGCUUGAUUUCCGACUCUUUUCACAUGUUUUUCGAUAGCACUGCCAUUUUGGCUGGAUUGGCAGCAUCUGUUAUUUCCAAAUGGAGAGAUAAUGAUGCUUUCUCUUAUGGGUAUGUUAGAGCAGAAGUUCUGGCUGGCUUUGUCAAUGGCCUUUUUUUGAUCUUCACUGCUUUUUUUAUUUUCUCAGAAGGAGUCGAGAGAGCAUUAGCCCCUCCAGAUGUACACCAUGAGAGACUGCUUCUUGUUUCAAUUCUUGGGUUUGUGGUAAACCUAAUAGGAAUAUUUGUUUUCAAGCAUGGAGGUCAUGGACAUUCUCAUGGCUCUGGCCAUGGACACAGUCAUUCCCUUUUUAAUGGUGUUCUGGAUCAGGCACAUGGCCAUGGAGAUCAUUGCCAUAGUCAUGAUUUGAAACAUGGUGCUUCACAUAGCCAUGAUCAUGCUCAUGGACAUGGACACUUUCAUUCUCAUGAUGGUCCCUCUUUAAAAGAAACAACAGGACCCAGCAGACAGAUUUUACAAGGUGUAUUUUUACACAUUCUGGCAGAUACACUUGGGAGUAUUGGUGUAAUUGCCUCUGCCAUCAUGAUGCAAAAUUUUGGUCUGAUGAUAGCAGAUCCUAUCUGUUCAAUCCUGAUAGCCAUGCUUAUAGUUGUGAGCGUUAUUCCUCUUUUAAGAGAAUCUGUUGGCAUAUUAAUGCAGAGAACCCCUCCAGUGUUGGAAAAUACUCUGCCUCAGUGCUAUCAGAGGGUGCAGCAGUUACAAGGAGUUUACAGUUUACAAGAACAGCACUUCUGGACCUUAUGUUCUGAUGUUUACGUUGGGACCUUGAAAUUAGUAGUAGCACCUGAUGCUGAUGCCAGGUGGAUUUUAAGCCAAACACAUAACAUUUUUACUCAGGCUGGAGUGAGACAGCUUUAUGUACAGAUUGACUUUGCGGCCAUGUAAUGAAUGAAAAGAAAUUGUCCUUUUUGGGGGACCCAAUAUUUCUGGUACUGUACAAUCCAAAACACUGUACCUAGCUUUUUAAGACGGAAAUCGUCACUACAAAUCCCCAGCUCCAAGUACACCAGGUAGCGUCAGCCUUUUGUGCUCUGCUAGGACUUCACAGCUGAGGGAUCAGAGUUAAGAGGGUCCCUCCUGGACUGUUGGUCUUGUCUUUUGUGCUCUUCCCUCCAAACCAUUUUGAUUUCUGAGGUUUCUAGUUUUGUUCCAGGAUGUUAGUUUUUGCUUCCUUUUUCUUUUUCCAUUUCAAAAAUGCCCUCACUCCCAGUUCUCCUCCUAGCCAGUAAGAAUUUGGACUAUGGGCCUCCAGGCAUCUGAAUGUCUUCGCUGAAGCUGAUGGAAGCCACUGCUUCCUGUCCACAAAACUAGUGUUACUAAAAAAAAAAAAGAAGAAAAGAAAAAAAAAAGAAAUAAUUUUAUAUGUAAUGUCACGAUUGUUGACGUUCUUCAGUAUAAUCAUAUGUUUGUAAAAUUGUUUGUACCUUGCAAACUUAUGAACCAAACCAUAUUGGGUUUUCAAAGUGCCUUUGUAUCUGAAAAUGUAUUUGCCAGCAUAAAAAUGUACCAUCAAAGGUCAUGCAUAUGUUUUUUAAUGGGUAAUUCUGUAAUCUGUACAAGGUGGAAGACUCUUGUUAGUGAUGUAUACAGAUUGUCUUUUCGUGUCCUUCCAGCAUAGGUUUAAAUAUAUGAAAAGUUUCCUCUUACUGCUUUACCUCAUCAAAAAACAGGUGUUAUUUUGCUUUGUAAAUCAAAUUCAGUUAUCACAUUGCAUUAUUCCAUGGACUGUAUUUUCAAAACUUUGCAAAGCAUUUGUUUUACAGAUGGUUGUUUUGACUAACUUAAAACAUCUGCUAAAUCCCAAAUUUCUCUAAAAGCUACUUGUCUGUGAUAACCUUUGCUAUGUCUCCUCGCUGUUGAUGGAUUUUCUUAAUGAAAGGAAAGGCAAUGUAGAGUGAAGGCAGAAAUGGUUGUGACAAUGUUAUUGUGUUUUUUCAUUCUUCAAAUGCUAAGUCAUACAAUUUGUUUUCUUGUGCAAGCCUUGCACAAAUACAGUUGCUUUCAGAAAUCCUAAAAGCAACAUUUUAUUGGGUUUGAACUAUUGAAGAUACAGAUCAGUUGUGAUAAAACAGGUGUCUUAGAAGUAAUAAAUAAGUUGAUUUCUGGGUUCUGGUGUAUUUGAAAAAUAAAAUCGUGAUUUGAGAUGACAA